GGAGGGCAAGGGCGGAUGAGAAUGAAGAAGAGGAGGAGGAGACGCGCGUAAACGCCACCGUCGUCCUGACUCAGUCCGUGCCACAACAAUGGGCACCUUUGCGUUUUCCCUAACUCAACACUCUCAAGGGCGUCAAGCGGAUGAGACCGGCAACCCAAACGGACCUUUUUGACCGCCCAGCAUCAGGACCGUGGACCCGCGGGUGCGUGUCUCGCUCAACUUCCACCCGCUUCUCCAUCGAGUCAUGUCUGAUCCCGAGCGAUGGGCAAGUUUGACGACAACGAGAGGAUAAUCCUCAACGUCGGGGGCACCAGGCACGAAACGUACAAAAGCACCCUGAAAACCCUACCGGGGACGCGCCUGGCCCUGCUCGCCUCCGACUCGGACAUCGGCUCGGUGUUGGAUCAGCUGCAACAAGUCCCCGGCUUCAUCGAGUACAACGCGCGGACCAACGAGUACUUCUUCGACCGCCACCCGGGCGUCUUCGCCUACGUGCUCAACUACUACCGCACCGGUAAGCUCCACUGCCCGGCGGAUGUUUGCGGACCGCUGUUCGAGGAGGAGCUCUCCUUUUGGGGCAUCGACGAGACGGACGUGGAGCCGUGCUGCUGGAUGACGUACCGGCAGCACCGCGACGCCGAGGAGGCGCUGGACGUGUUUGAGCUCAACGUGGACACCGGGGAGCAGGAGGACGACGACGUGGGCAAGAGGCUCGGCAUCGAGGACGUGGCGGCAGACGGGAGUGGCGGAAGCUUGUGGAGAAAGUGGCAGCCGGUGGUUUGGAACCUCUUCGAGGACCCUUACUCCUCCAGGGCUGCCAGGUUUAUUGCCUUUGCAUCUUUGUUCUUCAUCCUGGUUUCCAUCACUACCUUUUGCUUGGAGACCCAUGAGGCGUUCCAUACCGUCAUCAACAAGACGGAGGCGAUGCGGAACAGCAGUCUGCCCGAUUUGGGACCUCAAUACGAGAUAGAGACUGACCCCGCGCUCAUAUAUGUGGAAGGAGUUUGCGUCAUCUGGUUCACCAUCGAAUUCCUGGUACGGGUGACCUUCUGCCCGGUCAAGUUGGAAUUUGUUAAGAGUCUCCUCAAUAUCAUCGACUUUGUGGCUAUACUGCCUUUCUAUUUGGAAGUAGGCCUGAGCGGCCUUUCCUCAAAAGCUGCCAAGGAUGUGUUGGGAUUCCUCAGGGUGGUGCGUUUUGUUCGUAUCCUGCGUAUCUUCAAGCUCACCCGUCACUUUGUAGGACUUCGAGUGCUGGGUCAUACGCUACGAGCUAGCACCAAUGAAUUCCUGCUGCUUAUCAUCUUCCUGGCAUUGGGAGUGUUAAUAUUUGCCACUAUGAUCUAUUACGCCGAACGCAUUGGCGCUAAGCCCAAUGAUCCGACGGCGAGCCUCCACACCAAGUUCAAGAACAUUCCCAUCGGCUUCUGGUGGGCCGUGGUGACCAUGACCACUCUGGGAUAUGGCGACAUGUAUCCAAAGACCUGGUCCGGCAUGGUCGUGGGCGCAUUGUGCGCUUUGGCGGGAGUCCUUACGAUAGCCAUGCCCGUGCCUGUUAUCGUCAAUAACUUUGGGAUGUACUACUCCCUGGCCAUGGCCAAGCAGAAGCUCCCAAAGAAGCGGAAGAAACAUAUUCCUCAGGCAGUACAGGGAGGAUCCCCGACUUACUGCAAAACUGAUCUCACCACCACCUGCAACAGCACUCCAGGCGACCUGUGCCACGUCAAAGGCGGCCGGGUACUUGAACGCAACCGCUCAGUUCUGUCGGCGGACUGUAGCGGGGGCAGCGACCUGACCAUGUCUCCAGAGGAGAGGGUCCCCAUGCGAAGGUCGAGUACCCGGGAACAGGACCGCCGAAGUGGGGGGACAUGUUUUCUACUUGCUGCUAGCGAUUACAACUGUCCUGCAGAUGGGAGCCUAAGAAAAACAGGCUACGAGAAAUCUCGAAGCUUAAACAACAUAGCGGGCAUGGCUGGUAGCACCCUGAGGUUGUCUCCCGUCACCUCACCCUACGGAUCACCCUGCCCGCUUCGGCGCUCCCGAUCCCCUAUUCCCUCCAUCCUGUGAGACGUCCGGCGUCGCCGCACUUUUUUUGCAUUACCCUCUCCAUAUCCAAUCACAAAGUGAACUAUAUUAGAUAUCGCGGCUAGACCUGUAGCAAAGACUGAUCAGCCUGAGUGUGCUUGGCUGUGACACAUCCUCCUGUGUCACUUGAAGUUUCCCUUUUUUUUUCAUUUCAUAUUGUCAUAUUGCAAUAAAAACUGACUGAUGGCUUUCGUAGUAGCAGCCAUAACAUUUAAUAAAAGACAUGUUUAUAAUCAGGGAUAUUAGAUGUCGCUCUAUUUCCAUACCCAGAGGGAAAAGAUGUGCUUCCAGUGAAAAAAAAUAUAUAUAACAGCUUCAUUUUAUUGUCAUUUAAUUUUGUUUUUUUCUCUUAGCGUUUGUCACACACAUUUGUCAACUUCUUCACUUGCUCAUGUUUUUGCAUGGACUCCACUCUGUAAAUCAUGGUCGUCUGCAAGCCAUGUUACCAGGGGCGACCUCAUCAAGCACACUGUGAAAAUAUCAUAUAUAUGCCGCCAUGUGGAAAAGGAAGUACUGGACACCGGCUUUUGAUUUGGUUUUAAGUAUCAGGACCGGAGUGCAGUACCUGGCUUCAACCUGCAGAGGCGCUGUUGAGUCAGCCUCAAUAAAUUCCCGAACAACUUGACAUCAGAAAUGGGGAGAUUUUAUGAUUCUACUCACAUUGGCAUUAAAUACAAUUGUUAAAAUAUUCCAGAGAUAAUUUUUGUAACUUUUUAGAAUUUCCAGUGAUGAAUCAAGAAAGACGGUUUGUCCUUCCUUUUCCACAUGACUGCACAUAUAUGGACAUAUGUUUCUGGUUGUUCACUCGUAGAUAACUGCAAAGAGGUGGUGUUUACUGGUUUCACACAAGCAGAGAGUGGCGUUCUAUCUUAAUGGCUUUGGGAAAACCAGCGCCUUGGCAGAAAGGUAACCCUCUGCAUGGGUCUGUGGGUCCGAUGCGAAAACCCCCUCAACAUUUUUUUUGGUUGUAUGCACUUAAAGAUGGAGGUCGUUCAAUAACCUUUAUUUUAAAUUCAACUGUGUAAUAAAUUCUCCAGUGUGCUCCAACAGGUGUAGGCUUACAAACUUGGACCUCACCCAUUCCUCCAUUACUACCAGUAGCAAAUGGUUGCCUAGCAACUGGCUUGCAGAUGAUGCUUUUUUUGCACAUAGAUUGGCCAACAUAAAAUCAACUAAAAUGAGCAAAAAAAAAAUCCUCCUUGUCUUUUGAGUAAAUUAUUGAUCACUUCCAUCUGAAACACAACAAUAGUAAUACACUGUUUCGUUCUUGUGCACGCAAAAAAAAAAAAAAUACAACCUGCAUGGCAAGAUUUCUGAUGAAGACAGGUUGAAAAUUUUGGUUUUAUGUACCCCCCCCUCCCCCCGGGGUGAGACUGUAUAACAAUCUGAGGACCUAUUGCAGUGGGACGACCCCAUUUGGAGGCAUUCCAGCCACUCCUACAGGACAAUAAAGGAGGAAGUCGACGUAAAAACCACUAGGAGACGGCUUCCCGCUCGGCACACGGAGGAGGAGCUUCCGUCGAGAAUUCAGGAGGACUGUGACAAAGCAUUUAAUCCUGAGCCAAAGCCAACAGGACACCUGCUCCCAUAGACUUGUGUAAAUAAGUCACCCAUGGCAUUUGGUUGCUAAGUUGCACCGUCAAGACACUCAAAUCUCGCUAUGGUAACCCCCCCUCCCUCUUCCCUUGCAAUAAGUGUAUUAGUUGAGGCACUUUGUGUUCUAAAAUGGAGUGUUUUCAUAUUACCAACAUCCAGUAUAUUCAGUAUCGAGAGACAACUGUGCUAAGUCAUCUCUGCUUUUUGGUCAAUUUCAAGUCGGUUAAAACGCUCUGCUGUGUGUUUAUGUACGUGCGUAUCCUAUUGAGAUCAUUUUUGAAAGGUCAUUUCGGUGGACUUUUGAUGUUGUCACUUUUGGGAUUAGCACAGAAACGGAUGAGUUGUAAGACCCCCCCACACCCCCAUCGUGAUGCAAGCGCCAUUGUAGAAGUCUCCCGCUGUGCAUUGAACAUGCAAUGACCCUGCGUUAGUGCUGCAAAUGAACCAAAUGAUUUUGACCAGAUGACUCCUCAUGACUCAGUGGUGGCUAAAAUCAGUUGAUUCUUCAAAAUGUAUCCAAUGGGGAGGGGGGGUUCUGGAUCUGGAGUAAAUGUGUAGCAGAAAUUUACCAAUCUUAUAAAAAAAAAAAAUAAGUGGGACUUCUAGAAUGGUUGCACAGUAGCAACUCCUUGAACCUAAACAGAGUUUUGUAAUAAAAAGGUGUAUUAGGGCCACACUGAAAAGGAGAAUUAUGAGAAUAAAAUUAAUAUUGCAACUGUAUUUUAUUUUCUAUAUAUUUUUUAAUUCAGAAAAUAAAAUUAAUCCUAAGAAAUUACUCCAUUGGACUUGUUUGGAAUCGGCUUUUAUUUCCUUUUUAAUAUGCUGGACUAGACCGCGGGUGUCAAACCCGAGGCUCGGGGGCUCAGAUCGGGCCCACCGCAUCAUUUUAUGUGCCCCGCAAAAGUAGAUUAUGUACAAGUUUCCUGCUGAGAUACCAAAAAUUGCAAAUGAUCUUCUUUAAGAUAUUACAAGCACUUUUUAUUACCUAUCCCCCUCUGCUUAAAUAAAUGGAAGAAAACUACGGAACAAAAAUGAGUUUGACAUCCCUGGCGGAGUCCAAGAGUGGCCCUAAUGCUCCUUGUUAGAUUUGCAAUAAUCUAAGAUCUCGAAAGCGCCAAUCCACACUGUGAUUAUCGUAGAAAAUCGAGACGAAUGAUGACGAGGACUGUCAGGUGGCCCACAAUCCUCCUUGUGCUGCUUUACUCUUGAAUUUGACAAAGGAGUAUCGUUCUUUGCGUAUUUUUAGGAUGUUGUAACUUGAAGAAAAAAAAAAAACGGUUUAUUUUUCUGAAUCCAGAAUAUGUAUUUUUGUGUCUUACUGUGUUCAUGGACCUAUCCUGUGAAAGUCAUGGUAGUCCAACGCUGUGCUUCAUUCUCCACUGUGUCUUCAAACGUGUCGAGCUUUUUGAUCCGAGUUCACGUUUUGUAUGUUUUAUCGUGAGGACAAAUUCUAGUUUCGAGUCUGUAUUCGUGGAGCCUUCGCUGGCAUUCUGAAGUGCAUGCUGAAAAGAAAAAAAAGAACCGUUGUGUCUAAGGUUUAAAAAAAAUUGACAUUGUAUAUCAUGUUGAAAAGUGGAAACUAUGUGAAAGAUUCACAUAAACUAUUUAUCUUUUAA